AUGAGGAUCUGGCAGGACAUUUUUGCAGAGAAGUUUGGAAUGCACUUAACAGAGCUGUGGACACUUCAGAAGGAUGAUACCCUUCAGGUGCAUGCCCUCAAGCCUGCCUGGAAGGAGUCUGUGCAGUGCCAUGCUCUUGGGAGGUUUCAGUGCUCCCAGUGCUUUCAUGAGUGGUCUUUGGCCAAAGUCCACAUCGUGUUCCACAUGCACCAGUGCCAGGGCUGGGGCAUGGUGCGGAUGUGAGCCUUCCACCAAGCUUGCAGGCGGUGCCCAGAUCCCCGACUGGAGGAGCCUGAAUUCAUCCUGGAGACUGUGGAGCUUCUGCACAACAUGGUGCUGAAGAUCCUCAAGUACUUCUGCUGAGUGUGCGUUCAGCCCUCUGACCUCCUGGAAGUUGUGCUGGAUGCGCUGGCGACAUGGCCACAUGACAGUGCCCACCAUGAGGGCUGUCAACUCGGCCUUUGCAGUGAGACACGGCUGCACCUGGCGUCGAAUGCCUGGGAGCCCUUGAUGGAUGCAGACAAGGGCAGGACCCAUCACACCCUUAUGAGGCCUUAUGCAAUCCCAAUCCACCACCCCUCACACUUCAACAGCAGCUUCCCUUGGAAAUGCAGCUGCUUCAUUGGCAGCUCCUUGCUCUGUGUUCUGGCAGUACUCCUCUUUGUCCUAUUUUAUUUCAUCUAG